UCACGUGCUUGCAACGGGACAGCAGCAGAGGCGCGAGCGCGGAAGAAGACAGACACCUCUGGUAGCAGCGGAGCUAUCUGCUCCAUGUGUACGCUGUCGCGAGGGUGAAGAGUCCGCGAGAUCAAGCUGAGGAUACGCUGUAGCGUUUUCUGUCUGAAGUCCGCACCUUGGAGUACACACGUUGUUAACGGCAGGGACUGACACAGACAUGGCGACUUCCAGCUCCUGUGUGGUGAUCAGUGAUGAGGAGCAGGGUUAUGACUUGGACCUUUUCUGCAUACCAAAGCACUAUGCUGCUGACCUGGAGAGGGUCUAUAUCCCACAUGGACUCAUCUUGGACAGGACUGAGAGGCUGGCCAGAGAGAUCAUGAAGGAAAUGGGUGGACACCACAUCGUGGCUCUCUGUGUGCUGAAAGGGGGCUACAAGUUUUUCGCAGACCUGCUCGACUACAUCAAGGCUCUGAACAGGAACAGCGACCGCUCCAUCCCAAUGACGGUCGACUUCAUACGCCUCAAGAGCUACUAUAAUGACCAGUCGACGGGUGAAAUCAAAGUAAUCGGUGGAGACGACCUGUCUACUCUGACAGGCAAGAAUGUCUUGAUUGUGGAGGAUAUUAUCGACACAGGGAAGACGAUGAAGACGCUAUUGCAGCUCCUCAAACAGUACAAUCCUAAAAUGGUCAAAGUAGCGAGUUUGCUGGUGAAGAGAACACCAAGAAGUGUUGGCUACCGACCGGAUUAUGUAGGAUUUGAGGUCCCUGACAAAUUUGUGGUGGGUUAUGCGCUAGACUACAACGAGUACUUUAGAGAUCUAAACCAUAUCUGCGUCAUUAGUGAAACAGGGAAGGAGAAGUACAAAGCAUGAAGAGCACCUCGUAACAGUUUUCAACAUUUGGUUAUUUCAUUUCCAUUUAGCAUUGAUGUUAUAUUUCAUUGCUUUGUAUUGUGUCAUGAGAAUAUAAUCGGCUUACUCAGGGUCCCUGAGGAUACACCCAAUGUGAUAAUCCCGUGUUUGUGUUUGAAUCACCACGCAUGGACAUGCAAAGGUUUAAAUUUUUUGAAUUCAAUUGCUUGAGAAAGAAUCACGUCUGGGUUUAAUAGAAUGGAUCCCAGCUUCACCUCGAAUUAGAAUAUUGCUUUUAUGGUCCCCACUUUUAUUCCUUUUUUAUUUUUUAAUUGCGAGCAUUUUAAGGAAAUGCUGCUAGCUUCAAGUGCAGUCGCGUAAUUGUGCUGCCAUAAGAUUUACAACCUCCUCUUUCAUAUUUUGUAUUUUGUGUAAAAUGAUUGUUAUUAUUAUUAUUAUUAUUAUUAAUAAUAUUAUUAUUUUGUGUUUGUGUAAUUCUACCUGAAACUAUUAAAAUGUGCUUGUUUUGUUUUUUUAUGGGACACCUUAAGAGGAAGUUAAAUUUUAUUGAAGUGUGUGUAUAUUUUGGAAGAAUACUUCACUUUUCUACGGUACUGUGUUUUGUAACGCUGAAGAAACAUUAGGUAGAAAAGUAAAUUGCUGCUGUCCCUGAUUAAAUUAUGUAGACAUUGGUAAACCUGAGAAGAAAUGUAUGAAAAUGAAUGAAAUCAAAGCUUUAGAGACAUGCACUUCCUUUGUGUAACAUAAAAGGUGAUCCUUUUAACGCUGCAGAUAUUCAAUCACAAAUUGUUAAUGGUUAAGAAUCUUUCAUUUGAAUAUUUGAAAUUCCUAAUCUGUAUCUACAUAUGUUUUAUUCACACAUAAUUUAAUUAAAGGCCCCUUUUUAAAAAAAUAUCCUUUUUGUUUGCAGUUUCGCUAAAUUGAAUGUUCUGUAAUCGUCAGUGUUGCAGCACCAGCCAUUAAAUUUUUCCACACCAAA